ACCUACCUGAUAGGAUACAUACGACACCGGACGAGUGCGGAGCCCUUCGCGACGACUGUCACAUGAGCAGCGAGCCCGACGAAGAAUCUACAUUUUCGCGGUCGACGACAGCGUAGCUCUCAACUCGACACCACCUAGUCAGAUCACCGUCUAGGAUGCUGCCACUGGGCGACAACUAGGUUUGACACAAGCGCCACUGGAUCCCCGAGCGCCGUCCUCCCACAAUACCCACCCCAUCAGCACCCAAUUAACACCUGCGGACGGACGGCCCAGGUACGAUAUUCCCCCCGCCAUGGCUUCUCCGACCUCUCCGACCUCUCCGACCUCUACCUCUACCUCUGCGGCUCACCCUGAAUCGUUAAGCGACGUAGCUGCGUCAGCACCCCAGGUCUCCGGCCCUCCGCCGAACACUCGCCGAUGUUUCGUGUGCCUCGUCGAUGAGCCCGAGGCCGCCCUCCCUGCCGACUGGUCGACGCCGUGUAGGUGCUCCCUGGAGGGCCAUCAAGACUGUCUGCUCGCCUGGGUCACCGACCUACAGGUACAAGGCAAGGAUGUCAAGUGUCCCGUCUGCCGAUCUCCCAUCAUCAUCACCGACCGGUGGGACUUCGCCAUACAGUUAAACAACUUGCUACACCGCGUCUUCAGCGACUGGUCCCCGAGGAUCCUGCUCGGCUUCAUCGCCUCUAGUGCCGUGGUGACCAGCUCCUUGUACGGCGCGAAGGCGAUCGACUGGUUCGCCGGCCCCGACGCCACGAUGGCUUUCCUCAUCAACACCGAGGACGUGACUCUGAUGGACGUUAUGCGCCAGCCUUAUUACGGAGAAGACGGUCGCCGCGGGCCGCCGCUCAACCUGCUGCACUUCAGCUUAUUGCCCCUCAUCGCCCCAGCUCUCAUCCUCAACCGACUUCGUCUAGGCGAAGUUAUCCUGAUACCUACCUCUUUAGUAUACGCGGCACUUCUCGACGAGACGACGACGGAGUAUGUCUCGUGGCCGCCGUCGCCUCAGAGAGCCUUGGCUCUAUACCCAGCCGUGAAGGCGACCUACUUCCACCUCCACAACAUAAUAUCGAGAAGUCUCGAGAGGAGAUGGCUGGCCCAGUCGGCCAAGAUGCUUCCAGCCGACACGAUGGCCCAGCGACAAGGCAUGGUCGAGGCUCCGUUGCCGCAGCCUGGGAACGACGCCUUCGACCUUCGCAUCAAUAUUCAGAUAGGGUUUGAUGACGCCGAGGAGGAUCCUCAGAAUAAUCGCCAGGUUAGGGGCCUGGACCCCGUCAUUUCCCCGAUUAACUUCAUCACCGGGGCGCUCCUCUACCCCAGCGUCUGUUACGGCAUGGGCGAGCUAUUGCGGCUCGCUCUCCCCUCGCGCUUUAUCACGCGGCCAGCCUCAGGCCCGAACACGAGCAUACUGCAGGAGAGGUGGGGACGGAGUUUGGUCGGUGGAUGUCUCUUUGUCGUGCUGAAGGACGUUUUCUUCCUGUGGGUAAAGUAUAGGAAGAUCAUGAACCAGCCUUUCCGACGGAUCAAGAACGCGGACAAUAGAAACCUACGCCGCUGAAGGAGGCGAAAUAAGAAGCCCAAGACCGAGAACACGAAAGCGGCAGCGAACGUCACAAACUCGACAAACCAGCGUUUUCUGGGCUGGUAAACAGCAGCAACGAAGGUAAGAGCCUAGGCUCGUCGCGACUUAAUACGAUAGGUAGCAGUAUGACAUCGUGGCAUGAGGUGGUGGAAACAGAUGCCUUCGUAUAAGGGUAGCGAUAUUCGAAGAGACGAACGAACGAGCGAACAAACGAAUAAGCCAACGAGAUGACGCCAGAGCGCCAGCGCUACGGGAGAAAAAAGACAGGAAAACGCAUGGGCGCAUGAGUGUAGUGGCUGUCUUGGAUUCGGUCUCAAUGCGAGAGGUUUUACGACUGCACGGGGAUUCGUCGAAAUGGCCGUAGGGCAGCGGGCUAGGCCUUGCUACUGUAGGAGCCCGACGGUGACGAUAAUGCCAAUCGGCGCAAUGCGCUCGGAGACAUGUUCACCCAUAUGCACCAAGUAGACACUGAGUGUCAAUAAAGCAACUAUACAGACCUGACUACUAGGUAACAUAUAUAUACCUAUACCAAUGCAUA